GGAAGCGGAAGUAUUGCACUUUAUUAAGUUUUGGAAUAGUUUGGCAGAUGCUUAAGUGCACGAGAUACUUCGUAAUUGUCCGCGCGCUUUCAACAACACGUCCUAUUGAGAGAUGGUGACCCGCCCCCCGCUGUAGUAUCCCAUCCAAGCCAAGGACAUGGAGGAGUGCCAAUCCCCCCCGGUCAUAUUUAAAAGGAGGGCCUGGGCUCAGAGCCGAGACUCCUGGCAGGCUUCUGAGUCGCAGGACCAGGGCACAGAAGAGCCGCUCUCUGCCGAGCCUAUGGAGGAUAAGCCUUCGGCAGCCGCUGAGCCAGGUCCUAUUCCAAACAAAAUAGCGAGCUGGCUUAGAGACUGCAGGACUCCUCUUGGGGCCUCAUUGGAUGAACAGAGCAGCAGUCCAUCCAAAGGGCCAUUAAAGAAUGGCUGUAGCUUUGAAGAUGACCUGUCCUUGGGAGCCGAGGCCAAUCACCUCCAGAACAGCAGCAAAAAACCAGAGGCUAAUGGCUGUGAAAUGCCAGCCAAGGUCAAGAGGAGCCAGUUCAAGCAGAAGGGUAGAAGCAUGAACUCCACAGGUUCUGGCAAGAGUAGUGGCACAGUGUCCAGUGUUUCAGAAUUGCUGGACCUCUACGAGGAGGAUCCAGAGGAGAUCCUGUACAACCUUGGUUUUGGGCGAGAGGAGCCUGACAUUGCUUCCAAAAUCCCUUCACGAUUCUUCAACACCUCAUCAGGUGCCAAUGGCAUUGACAUCAAAGUUUACCUGGGAGCCCAGAUUCAACGCAUGGAGCUGGAGAACCCGAACUACGCCCUGACAAGUCGUUUCCGACAGACAGAAGUGCUGGCUACAGUAGCAAAUGUCUUCUCAGAGAUCUACUCCCAGGUGUCUGGAAGACCAAUGGAACGAAUCGGCAACAGCGAAAUAGAGACGAUAAAACCCUCUCCACUAAAAAGGAACAAUUCCGCUUUGAAUGCGGCUAAGAUCCUGAAGCGUAACAUUACAAAACAGAACCUAUUGGCCUCUACCACGGAGGAAACAGCCAAUCAGCCUAGACCGUUGCAACUGGACAGUGAAGAAGGUGUGAACCCCAUACGAGAUGGACUGACAGAUUUCGAGCAGAAGCCGCAGCAGAAGAUCUUUAGGAAAAUGGAUUCUUCUCUAGCCACCGUGACCGAGGAGGCCCAGCAAGGUAUCUUAGAGGCUUCCCUCAAUGGAGAUUUCCAAGGACCUUUAGCUAAGGACUCCACGUUAAUGAACGGUCAUCACUCCCUUUUACACGACUCUGAGAUACCAGCUCUGGGAAAAGAUAUGCCAGAUUCCCCAGUCCUGGUGAGCAUCAGUCGAGAAUCUGAUGAAAGCGAUUGUGGCCUCUCGAGACAAUCAGAUCUUGAUAUUGAGCACCAGGAAGCCAUCACUUCCACCCCAGACAAAGAGCCAUCCAACCUGCUGCCCAACCCACACAUAGCCCACCUUCUCAGCCAACACAGAGACUCAUUUGAGAUGGAGGAGUUGCAGAGUAAUGAGGAUGAGGCACUGCCUGUGCCUUGUGGCAUGUCCAGAACUGGCAGUGAGCAGUUAUUGAGGACUGCCAGCCAGCAGUCUGAUAGCAGUGGGUUUGCUGAGGACCCAUCCACAGACGGUUCGGGUAAUCACCUAAAGGUACAGGAAAGCUCAGACAGCUGUGACAGUGAAACAACAGUAACAUCACAUGCAGGCGAUGUCAGCACUCCCAUAGCAUUGGAAUACCCUAACUUUGAAAGAUUGCAGGGUGAGGAUGCCCAUCCUCAGCCCAGCAGAGGCACCUCAAGCCAGAGUGAAGCCAAUCGAGAAGUACCCGAGUUCACCAGCCUCCAGAUUCCCAAUCCAGACUCUGACAAUAUAAGUAUUCUUGCUAACAGUUGCACCAAUGGCCUUCUCCUUUCUCCUGAAAAACACUUUGAUAGGGAACCCACAGUGGAGUCUAGUUACACCACAAACUCUUCAGAAGUGGGUUCUUCCAUGAUUGUAGAGCCUACAAAAGAUUCCAUCUCAAAUAUAGACUCUACCCCCAUCCCCAUAGCUGAUGGGUGCAACAUUUCCCAGUCUGGGGAUCCACCAGAUCAACCAGACUCCAAGGACCUACAUCUAUCUGGGCCAGAUCUUUCUUCUGGUCCCGAGUUUUCUGCUGAGCCUGGCACUGCUCUUGAUCUUGAUACCUCAUCUCAUCAAGAACAAUGCCACAUUACAACUCAAAGGAAGCAAAUGGCCCUCCACACCACCCAGCAGAGGUCAUUUUCUGUAGGCGAAGAGCAUCCUGGCCGAGUCUGGGUGAGGGACAGGGACUUGCUCACAGAAAGAGAAAACUUGGAGAGAAAUCCUCUAAGGAGAUCAAGCUCUCUCCCAACCUCUCCGGUCAGCCCAGCUCGUGUAGUCACCUCCUUGCGCAUCCAGCUCGGAAGGGGGUCAGUCAAGCACUGUACUCCACCCUCGUACAUGUACCGCUAUGAUGAGGAGAUCUGUGCCGACCAGGAAGAGGUGGAUUCCAUUAGAGAAGACGAAGAUGUCGAUUGUGUCGGAUGCCAGUCUACACUCUGUAAUUCUGCUCCAGUUGGACAUGGGACAAAUGUGGACAGGGGACAUCCUCUAAACCUACCCCAGCAUAUGACUCGCUCGUCAAGUUCCCUUUAUAGCGUCCCUGCUGACUGGCCUCAGAGGCCCCUUGGGGAGGGCAGAUCUUGGAGCACAUGUAGCGUACCGAACAUUCCUCAUUUUACAAGCCCUGCCCACCAUCGUCCUCAUGGCCCCUUCCUGUCUCCACACCACAGAGUUGCCUACAGCUCGUCUAACCCCACCAGUAUUGCAACUAAUCCCCAACAAAGUCCCUUCCCUCAAACACAGAGCUACUCUCCGCAACAAAAUUCACCCUAUCCUCAACCACUACAGAACAAUACCUUUAUGCCAUCACAGGGGGCAACCUUUACACCUCUACAGAGCAAUACCUUUACAAUGCCACAGGUGGCGCCCUUUACACCACCACAGAACAUGCAUUUUGCUCACCCGAACAGUGCACCCUACAACCCUUUGGGCCCCUUCCAUUCACCUUAUAACCAUUCUCAGGGCAAUCCCUAUGGCCCUUCGUUCAACAUGCACGUCAGUCCUUACCAACCUCACAUCCCUCUCGGACAAUCCCACAGCUCCCCCUACAGUCUUUCCUACAACAACUCUCCUCAUCACCCCGGCACCUCCUACAGUCAUCCGUUUUACUCUUCUCCCUCCUACCCUUUAUCUUUUGGGAUGCCCCGUGCAUUGGCCCCUGUGGUGGGCAGCACAGAGAUGCAGCUCAGGCGAGUCCUGCAUGAUAUUCGUGGAACAGUGCAGAACCUCAGCGAGAGCUCAUCCAUGCGAGGAGACGACACACCCAUAGACAGCAUCGGUACACCGCGCACCAUCCAACCAUUAUAUGAGGAGCUGCAGAUGCGGCGCAGGAGUCUGAACGUGUUCCGGACUCAGAUGAUGGAUCUGGAGCUCGCUCUCAUGAGACAGCAGUCUAUGGUCUACCAGCAUCUUAGUCCAGAUGAGAGACAGGAGGCAAAUCAGCUUCAAACGCUGCGCACUGCAGUCAGACAGGAGCUGCAAGAACUCGAACUGCAGCUGGAGGAUCGGCUGCUCUCUCUCAAUGAACAGAUGCGCAGCAGCUCCCACCACAGUGGCCUCUACCGCUACCACAUGGGCAUGCACAGAGGUCACAGCAUGGACAGUCUGUUUAAUUCUUCAGCCCUGCGGGCCAUGGAGCCGGUAACCGACCUCCUAAGGGAGCAGCUGUAUCUUCAGUCUGAGCUGGGAUAUGAAGCUGUCACACCCAGCUCAGGGUGCUCAUCGCGGGCGUCCAGUCCAGAAAGAUUGAACCGAACACUGGAGUCCUUCUCUCCUGCCCCACAGAGAGGUGGUAUGUACCGGGCCACCCUCAAUCUCACGCCCACUGUCCCUCCACGGCCUGGAGUUGAGGUUCCUCAGUCUGUAUCACCAGAAAUGACACCACACACCUCCUUCGAUUUGAGUAGAGAUGAGGAUGAGUCACUAGAUGGUCGGAGAAGCAGAACGCUGGAAGACUGCAGUGCCACAGAGUGGAGGAGUAGAAAUGGAGGCAAUGAUGACCUGAAACGUCUUAUUCAGGAGAUUAAAGAAAGCAUCACGCAUGAAAUCAGACAAGAGAUUUUGAAUGAGCUCUUGGCUGCAGUGUCGCCUCCGAGAUCUCCUCUGCCAGCAAGAAAGCCCCCUGUGUGAGCAGCAUGACAGAUGCUUGAGCAGGUGAAGAAGUGAAUCCUGUGAAACAGUCACACUAAACACUGGUUAAAGCCUUGCACUGAGAAUGGCCCAGCACCUCUUUCUGGCUUUGUCUGUGAAGCCCUUCUGGAUUCUACUGUCUGCUUCUGCAUUACGGUCCAGUUUCUACAUUCUCAGUGGUUGAAAUAUUCGACUGUCCGAACACGUAGCUUAUUGUGGUAUCCGUCUGGUAUAUAUUACAGAAAUGUAAUGAAUCUUUUCGGUUGUAUUUGAGUAUGUGAUGCAGGUCAUGUCGAAGUGUUGAUUGCAGUCUUUAAAAUACUUGUGGGUGUGUAACGGUUUCUAUGUAUGUGAGUGUGUGUUUAAGUGUUUGUUUGUCUGUCUUGGACAAAAUGUCUACUGUAAUCAGUUUUCUAAUGCAACCUCUGUGAGGAACUAACUGUGCAAUACAUUUAACUUUUUUUCCAAACUUGAACUGACCAAUCACAACUACUGUUCUACUUUCAUAAUGCACACAGCUGUCUUCAUUUUCUAGUUUAUGUUGAUAGUUUGUCACAUACUGUAUGAAUAGAUAAGACACUUAAAAGGAUAGUUCAUAACUCUGACUUUUUUUGUGUGGAACACAAAAGGAGAUUUUGAGCAGAAUGUUACCCUCAGUCACUAUUCACUUUCACUGCUGCAUCUUUCCAUUCAAUGAAAGUGAACGUUGACUGAGACUAAAAUUCUACCUAACAUCUCCUUUGUGUUCCACAGAAAAAAAGAAAGUCAUAUAGGUUUGGAACAACAUGAGGGAGAGUAAAUUAUGACAGAAUUUUCAUUUUUGGCUGAACUAUCUCUUUAAGGAUUUAUCUGUGAGAAGAUGAGCACUAAAUUCUCUAUAUACACUAGCAUAUUCUUAAAGAGGAAGUUCAUCCAAAAUUAAAAAUUCUCUGAUCUUUGACUCACCCUCAUGCCAUCCCAGAUUUGAAUGAUUUUUCUUCUGCAGAACACAAAUGAAGAUUUUUAGAAGACUAUCUCAGUUGGUCCAUACAAUGCAAGUAAAUGGUGACCAAAAUUUUAAAGCUCCAAAAAACACAAAGGCAGCAUAAAAGUAAUCAAUAAAACUCCACGGGUUUAAUCCAUGUCUUCUGAAGUGAUCCAGUUAGUUUUGGUCUCCUUGGUGAUCAUGAUUUCAAGCUUGAUUACAGUUUCUAGUGCUCUGGGCAUGCGUCAAGCACUGGGAAAUGUAAUCGAGCUUAAAAUUAUGAUCGUGCCUGGAGACUGCAAUGGCAAAAUGUAAAGUGAAAAAGGAUGAAUAUUUUGGUCAAAACCGAUUGGAUCGCUUCAGAAGACAUGGAUUAAACCACUGGAGUCUUAUUUAGUUACUUUUAUGCUGCCUUUUAUGUGUUUUUUGGAGCUUCAAAGUUUUGGUCACCAUUCAGCAUUGUAUGGACCUACAGAGCUAAAAUAUUCUUCUAACAAUCUUCUAAAAAAAAAAAUUGUGUUCUGCAGAAGAAAUAAAGUCAUACAUAUCUGGGAUGGCAUGAGGGUCAGUAAAUGACCAGAUAAUUGUCAUUUUGGUGUGAACUGUUUCUUACAUUCUUACAGACAGCAGCUGUCAAAUCUGAUGUUUUGAGAUGAGGAUUUAAAGAGCAAAGAAUUUAAAGUUUUUUACUUUUCCUCCAUGUGAAUGAAAGAACAUAGGAAAUGUUUUACUGGUGUACUUUUGUUUUAAUCUAAACUGUAAUAAAUUGUCAUACUAAUUGAUUUAUGUGACUAAGGGGAUAUGUUCCCUUUUCACCUGGGAUGCAUGAGGGAUCAUCUUUAAUGCAAAUCAUUAAUAAAAUUUAUUUAUUUUAUA